AUGGCGACACUGCUAGGCGCGGAAUCCCGAAAUCGCCCUUUUGUCGAUGACGUCGAGGCAUACCUGAAGACGGACACGGUCCAGGCAACCCUCAACAAGUUCACUGAGGCUGCGAGCAAAUACAAAUACAUGGGAGAACUCGAAGCUGCAGCAGCGGCUGAGCCCUGGGAGGGCAAAAUUCCCGACAUUGAGAAGACGCUGAGCAUGGACGAGCCCGUCAAGACCUUGUUCGAGGUCAACGACACCCUGUUUGCGCACGCAACGAUCCCGCCCACCGAGACGGUCAACCUGUGGCUCGGAGCCCAAUGUCAUGCUCGAGUAUACCUUGGACGAGGCCCCGAGAGCUGCUGGCGAGCAAAGCUGGAUAUCGCAAAGAACAACCUGAAGGACACUGUCGAGGAUCUUGAAUUCCUGCGCGAUCAGAUCACCACCAUGGAGGUCAACACUGCGCGCGUAUACAACUGGGAUUUUGCUGCGACGCCUGCCGCCUCUGCGAAAUAA